GUUAACAGGGGACCGUGUACAAACACCAUCGGUAGCUUCAGUUGCCAAUGUCUAAGUGGUUGGCAAGGUGACCAUUGCCAGAACGAGACUGGAGAUCCGAAGCAGUGCAUGCCGGGAUGGGAACUGCCAAGGUGUACACAUGACCUUGAUGAGUGCAAAAACACGUCGUUGUAUACCUGUGGCUCACAUUACGAUUGUUCAAACACACAGGGUAAUUACACGUGCGUGUGUAGUGCUGGUUGGACUGGCUCCGUGUGCAUGGAUGACGUAGAUGAAUGCCCAGGAAACCCCUGCAAACACGCGGGCACCUGCAUAAAUAACCCAGGCUCUUACACUUGUAACUGCCCUGAUGGUUGGUCGGGCCAGGAUUGUGACAAUGACGUUGACGAGUGCAUAGUUACUCCUUGCAAACAUGUCGGCAAUUGUUCAAACAGUGUCGGUUCUUUCAGCUGCUCUUGUACUUUGGGAUGGAAGGGACAGGUAUGCACAGAGGACGUAGAUGAAUGUAUGCCCACUAAUCUUUGUCGAAAUGGGGGAACAUGUGUCAAUAAUGAUGGAUCUUUUACGUGCGCUUGCGUUGUCGGAUGGACAGGACCCCUUUGUGCUGAUGUUGACUUUUGCGCACUAGGACCGUGUUUGAACAACGCCGUGUGUUCAAGUACGAAAACAGCAUACGUUUGUGCAUGCACUAAAGGCUGGCAGGGACAAAAUUGCACUGAUGACAUAAAUGAAUGUCGCCAGACUCCGUGUGAAAAUAACGGAACGUGUAUAAACUCACCCGGCUCUUACACAUGCGACUGUAUUUCCGCCUGGAAGGGAAUGAAUUGCACCGAAGACUUUAAUGAGUGUAGUCAAAUUGCGUCGCCAUGUUUGCAUGACGGUAAAUGCACAAACCUGAUUGGUUCAUUUGAGUGUACUUGCGAGGCGGGCUGGGACGGGUUAGUUUGUGGGGCCGACAUUGAUGAGUGUUUGACAGACCCUUGCAUGAACAAUGCUACCUGUAAUAACACGAUCGGUUCGUUUAUCUGUGAAUGUCCACAAAACUGGACCGGAAGCCUCUGUGACGUGGAUCCAGCUAGCCUGGCCCUGCAACAGACCGGUGAUUUUGCCAAGGAAAAUCUAGGGGUCAUAGUUGGACCAGUUGUUGCAAGUGUGGUGGGGAUCGGAGCCGUAGCGUCAGCCAUCUUUGCGUACAAUCAUAUCAGGCGCAAUAAGAUAGUCAACACAGAAGGCAUGGAGAAGGUGGACACAUCUGAACAACUGAGACAACCAUGUACCCACAGAAUGCUUUCGCGGAUGAAAGAAGUAUUGUGUCGAUCAAAGGCGUAA